AUGUUAUGUUUAGAUGUUUUAUUUGCUUAUGGCGAAAAGUUGAUGGCCGUGAUACGUCAGUUUUCCAGCACUCCGCAAAAACGAGUAUUUAUUUUUAAUGACUGGAUCCAAGCCUUGCGUGUUUUCAAUAAGCAAGAGGAGCCAGGGAAUUCUGUAGAGUUAGUGACGCUGUCGGUCAAUAAUGCAGUGCAACUUUUCCGGCUGGAUAUUUUUGGUGAAAGUUCAGAUGUGGAUAUUGAAGAAAUGAUAACUGUGAAGUCAGAUCACCGAGCUAUUAUCACGCAUUCAGUUUUGGAUGGUGAUAGUUGGAAUACUCUUCGCGCGGUAGUUGGUACCAUUAUGGGUGAUAUAAUCAUUUCGUAUCCCUCUAAAUCUUCAUCUCCCUUUCACGUUUUAAAGCACCACACGGGCAUGAUUUUCGGUUUACUUAUUAAAUGUAACUUCCUAUUUUCGAUAUCAGAUGACCGGUGCUUGCAUAUGUGGUCUCUAGAUGAUGCUCAUCACCUGGAUGAGUGUUACGGGCAUUCAGCAAGGCCUUUUUCUAUUUCUGAUGGACCGCAAAAUAUGGUAUUCACUGGAGGUCAAGACGGAAACAUAUGUCUGUGGCUGUUUGGCGAGUCAUUUGUUUCGCUUUUAAAAUUGAUACACACAGGAUGUGGUGUUAUCCGUUCUUUUCUGUUCAUGUCGCGAGAACUGUUCUUUGGCACAGAUUAUGGGUUCUUUGGAUCUAUCACGUUUCCACAAAAUAUAGAAAAUAUGCAAACGGUGGACCUCAUUUAUCCAGAUCUGUUGGUGCAAUCAUUCGUUGCACUUUCACAACAGUGCUAUUAUAUUUUGGAUUCACAAGGAAUAUUGUAUGAAGCAAAUGCAAUUUCCUUAAAUAAAAUACUGCAGUGCAAUUCUGCUAGAUCCAACUCGCUAAAAUUAUCAUCAUGCCGAAAAUACGUCGCAUUUUCAGAAGACAAAAAAUUGCAUGUAAUUAGAGUUGAAGACCGCAAAUGCGCUUUUUUUUAUGCUGUUGAUCAAAUAUUGGAUUUAUUUUGGGUUGACAGUUGGCUAUUUCUUACAUUACUGAACUUUAAAAAUGUACUAGUUCGCUUGUCAAAGGAUAUGUCAGAGUGGAUGAACUGUACUUUGCAAACAGAUUUGCAAGAAAUAAUUUCCUGUAUUGCGGUUCACGCCGAAGAGCUUUUUCUUGGCACAAGCAAAGGUUCAAUUAUCGUUGUGCAUAAUCUCAAGGUGAAGCAGGUAAUAAAACGAGCCCAUGGUAAGAGUGGUAUUACAGAUAUGAAAUUUUAUAAGACUAAAUUAUUAUCUAUUGGACGUGAUGGAAAAUUAUGCAUUUGGAAAAGAGGGAAUGCACUGCAAUUAUUGUCUUGGUCUAAACCUUCCACUGCAGUCGAAAUGGAAUGGCCAUGCAGGUUUUUGGAAACGGCAAACCAGUUAUAUGUGGCAGGAUUUCGAGGGGGUAACUUUAUUCUGGUAGAUUACAAUAACGGACACUGCGUUUGUGAUGUGUGGUGUGGAGGAAGGCGUCGCUCGUGGUGUUUGUCAGUGUUGGAAGAAAAUGAAAAUUGUAAAGGAUCGAAAUCACUAUGCUUUGAGUUUGUUGUAAAAAAAAGGAUCUCAAAAAUCAUACUUUAUAUGAAUGAUUUAUAUGUUAUUAAGCCUAAUUUGCAUAUUUCCGGCAUUACAUCUAUCGCAGUUAUAAAAAUCAAUCAAACAGAAUUAUAUGUUACCGGUGGUAUCGAUGCUAUGCUUGUUUUAUCCAGAUUUAUCAGCUCAGGAUCUGUUGAAGUAUUGCAGCGAUUGCAAGCUCAUUCUUCUUCAGUAUACUGUGUUUAUGCAAUGAAUUCAUGCCUUAUUUCCGUUGGAGGAAAAUCUGAAAUUUUCAUUUGGCAUCUAGAAGCAGGGAAUCUGCAGCAGUUAUUUAACACUCGCAUGCAAGGAAAUUGUAGAUUGCUAAGUGUUCGGUUUAUAUCAGUCAGUCCUCACAUUCGAUUCCUGAUUUCAUGCUCGGAUGGAAGACUAAUGAUUUACGAAUUAAGCAGGACUUUGGAUGCAAAAAAACCCUCAGUUUUGUUUGAAUCGAUUAAUGGUGAUGGAAUUAUGGUUAAAGUUUCUUGCGUUUCGUUAAAUGAUAGCUUUGUGUGCGGUGCUGUCUCAUCUGCAGGAAUACUACACAUCUGGAAUUUUUCGGAAUUAGUUGAUAUAAAAGAUCAUAAAAGAAUCGAAGUGGAAAAAUGUGGACUAAGCGCAUUGAGUAUGUACAACGAAAAUGAACUCUUGUAUGUUGGUGUGGGCUCUGAAUCUGGCACUAUCAGCAUAUUUCAAGUAAAAAAAAAUUGGGAGUUCGUGAAAAGUGUUAACCGUUGGCAUGGUGCCACAUGUACAGAUUUGCAUCUUCAUCGAACUGCUCAAUCACUUUUGGUAUUUUCAGUAGCAUUAGACUGCAGAUUAGCAGUAUUCCUUUAUUCUCCUACUUUUCAUACGUUGAGCUUCCAGCAGUCUGUGUUAUUAAACAUUGCCGAUCCCUCAUCGUUAAUCGUCUCGACUGUUAAUAAUAAUAUGGCGAAGUGUGUCAUAGCUGGCACAUCAAUCUGUCUUGCUUACUUCAACGAAUCUCCUCCGCACUUUUGUGAUACUGAGGACUGAGAUAUCAACUGAGAUAUCAACUGAGAUGAACGUUUAAUCGAUUUCCAAUGACAUUUUUUGUUAUUUUCAAAUUCAUAUUCAUGAAGAAUGAGAGAUUAUGGGUGUCACGCGUUCACGUCUUUCAUGUGUUAAGGAGGAAGCUAACGUGUCUUUGCUACAAGUAAGCGGUUGAAGGAAAAGACGGCGAGAAGGCGAUUACUGAACUGUUUUCUUUUUGUAUCAUCCUGUUGGCAACUUCCAGAUCAUCACCAGCGUUGUUCCCUUGCAUAGCCAAAUUCCUAUAAGUGAUUUUGAGUGUCUUUACUUACAAAGUUGUUAUGCAAAGUCGAAAAUCGAACUUUGCUCAUAUAACUAUUGUGUUCAUUGUCCAUAUAACUAUUCCUAUGAUAAACAUUCC